ACAGUGACGCAGCAGCAGCUCCUUUAACGCACCUUUUGCCUGCAGACAGAGAGAAGUUGGUUCGGAAACAAAAUGACCACUCAGGGCCACGAAGAGAAAAGAUACGACCGAAGAGACACGACGCUGAAGUUCGUCAACAGACCAGAUGCUCUGGACCCGAUGCCCCCGGAUGAGGGAGAUCUGUGCCUCCGGGCGGAAAUGUCCUGCGGUCACGCCGUCACCCCGCAGUCCCUCACUGGGUGGUGCCGCAGCCUGCUGGAUCAGGGCCAGUAUAAAUUUAAGUGUCCAGCUCUGAAGGACGGCACCCUGCACAAGUGUGACGCUCUGUGGUCGUAUCAAGAGGUCCGCCGCCUGGCCGUCCUGACCGCUGCAGAAAUGCAGCAUUUUGAAGAGAACAUCGCCCGUCUGGCUGCGACAGAGUACUGUGACUUUAAAACAUGUCCUGGCUGCAGCUCCUACAUCGAGAGAGAGGAUCUGACUAACCUCUGUGUUCAGUGCUUGGUUUGCACAGCAGAUAAGAAUAAACAGGUCCAGUUCUGCUGGCAGUGCUUGAAGUCGUGGAAAGGUCCGGCUCCACGUUCUGACCGCUGUGACAAUGACGGCUGCAUCAACCAUGACCUGGAGCUGCUCAAGACCUGCAAGACCACAUCCUUUGCUGCGGUCCAGAAUGUCGAGGGCUGUCCCUCCAUCCGGGCCUGUCCCACCUGCGGACACAAGGUGGAGCACGACAAGACGGGCUGCAAGAACAUCAUCUGUCCUCGCUGCCAGGUGGAGUUCUGCUUCGUGUGUCUGAAGCUGACUCCUGAGUGUCUGAAGACCAGCUCCUACUUCAUCCCCUGCAGUGAUGGUGUGGCUCCCAGACAGACAUCCAUACCUGUGUGGCACAGGAACUAAAAGUUGUUACUUCUUGACAAAGUUAAUUUGUAAGAUUAAGAAUGUUCCAUUUAUUCUCGGUAUGUUCAUCACCUUGAAUGUCUUGUUUUCAAACAUGUAAGUGACCUGAUUUUCUCUUCUAUAAAACAAACAAAGUUAAUUUUAAAUUGUAAUGUCUGGUCUGUAUUAAGUUCAGUUGGGCAUAAAAUUAAUCUUUCAGCAGGCAAGGCCCAGAAGUUAUUAUUCAGAAUAUCUAAAAAU